CUCUUCCCAAUUCCAAGUUCAGUGACAUCACAUUGGUAGCUUGAAAGAAUGUUAGGAGAAUUUACACCAUGGAAACUGGCAAAUGCUGCAAAUGCUGCCUCCCACCAUCACAGACAGCCAGUUAUUAAGCAUUUAUCAGCACACUAUGUUGCCAGGGACUGUGCUGAGAGUUACUGGGGGGAGAGGUAGUAGCAGUGUUAUGUAGUCAAGCUUAUAACUGAUAAACUGUAGUCAUUUGGAAAAACAGAAGCAACGCAGAGGAGAUGGGAGUGAACCAAGAACAUAGUAACCACCCUGAACCUCCUCAACAAACCCCAGAGUGACAUGUCCCCAGAGGAGAUGCAGAAGCACGGGGAGGAGGGUCCACUCUGUGCUCUGCAGUCAGUCAAGAACAACACUGAAGGGCUCACCAAUACUGACAACAACAAGCUCCUGGGUGCGAAGGCCUUGGGUAGACACUGCAACAUGGUGCUGAAGAAUGUGAAGGAGAUGUGUACUGAGGUCCCCAAGGGGGACAAGGGCGGCAAGGGCAAGAAGAAGUCCAAGCCAGCCAACAAAGACCGCUUCAUCUCCAAGCUCUUCCUGAGCAGGGACUCAGUCAUCACCAACAAGUGGGGGCCACCUCCCCAUUGACAGAACUCACUCCCUCGUCCUAUGAAGACCUACCCUUUGUUAUGGGGAUAAUAAAGCCCUGUGCUUUUUUUUUUCUAGUAGUAAAAACAAAACAUAACAACAACAAUAAAACUUUAGUCAUUUGGUCAUA